GUCCGAUUGGAUAGAAGAUAAUGUUACAGGGUGACCGAUGCAGAGAUGUGUAUUUAACCCGCUCAGCCUUGUUCAGACCAGUGAAGACUGCCUCCUGAGUCAGAGGUUCAAGAUGAUUUCUUCAUCGUGUUUGGCGGGGGCACUCUUCUGUCUUGUGUUUCUCCCAGGCCUGCUGGAGGCCAAAUCUUUGCUGAAUGUCAUAAAGCAGGAACAGAUGGUCCCUGUAGGCGAUGUUAGCAUUGAUGCAGAGAAAGCAAAUGAUUUUCUGACUCACUCCAGACCAAAGCGCAAUGCGGACCCCCGGUGGUACAGAGGAAACCCAGACUUCCAGGCUUACUACAAAUACUACAGCAGCAUCGGACACACUGAGGGGCUCUAUGAGAUCGACAAGCUGCGGAUGCUCUACCAGCAGAUGAGGUACCUGGAGCACACCUAUGGCCCUGAUGCUUCCUAUUUCCAGAGCAAACUGGGAGUGCCUAUGAUCAUGUGUGACCCAGCCACAGACAAGAAGUGCAAAGUUGUCGCUCCUCCUCCUCCUCCUCCUCCACCGCCGAUGAAAGGGGUCCCAAGACCCACGGAGCCUCCAGCUCUUCCUAUUGCUCCAGCCAUUUCACAGGCUGAUGUGCUCUACCUGUGUAACCAAAAGGACCCCCUCUGCAAGCCUCACAUUGUCUACAUGCCCACAGGUGCAGUACCUGUGCUCUGUGACCCUCGGUACCACCCCCACUGCACUCCCCAGAAGGUUGCACCAGCUCCCGUGGCAGUGCCUCAACCACCUCCUCCUCCUAAGAAAUCUGGCCCACCUCCACCUCCCCCAGUGUUUGUCAAGAAGUCUCCCCCAGCUCACAUCCGCACCUUUAAGGGCAUGGAGUACGAUUGUGACCCCUACUGGGAUCCCGACUGCCUGAUUGAAAACCCACCCAGGCCCAUCAAAGGAAAGGUUGUGGUCCCGCCACCCCCACCCCCUCCAGUGGUGGAGGAAGAAGAGGAGGAACAUGUGGAGGAGCCAGCACCUCCUGCACCCAUUGAGAAGAAAGUAACCUACUACCCUCACCCUUACUACUACCAGCACCCUCUACCCUACGACCCCAGGGAUGAUCUGUACGAUCCAGCCCGCUUCCAGUACCCACGGCCUGCUGAUGCUGCUGACGAGCCUGCAGAGGAGAGCCAGUGAAACAUCCAGAGGGAACAAAACAGACUAUGAAAACAUCCAAGUUACACACUUUCACAUCUUUUAAAUGUAAUGUCAAUAAAACCAAUGUCUUAGCGCAUUUUUAGAUGCAGUGUAAUUACAUCGAUGACUCAAUGUGUAACUGUCAGUAUGUGAAAAAGCAAUUUUCUUUUUGACAAGAAUAAAUUGUAACAAAUCAGUUUUUCAUCAGCGA